AUGAAGCUCAUCAAUAUCGCCCUCGCUGGCCUGGUGGCGCUCGUCGCUGCCUCGCCAGUCGAAACCACUGCCAUUGCGUCCUCUGAGUACAAGAACGACGGCGUCCACACCUACGAGUGCGUCGCCGACGGCAAAGGCGCUGGCUGUACCGAUUCCACAACUACUGCUGCUGCUGCAGUCGAGGCACCCGAGAGGCGCGACGUCGACACCGAGGUCAACGCCGAGGACAAGAAGACGUACGAGUGCUCCAACGACCACACUGGUGUCUUGGUCUGCCAGUACGGCUUCUGCCAAACCGACCACUACUGCAAGAAGGGUACCAAGUGCCUUGACAAGUGUUCUUGCUGCAGGAACAUGACUGUCUUUGAGCGAGAGAUUGAUGGCUUGGAUACCACCAAGGCAAGUUUACAGUCUGAGGAUACCUCCACUUCACUUCCAUCUAUCCCUUCUAUCACCAUCGUCCCGACCACCACGUAUGGCUCUUGCAAACAGGAACAGUCCGGGGUUUCUCAGACUGAAUCGGGCAACGAUGUCCAGGCUCUGACAGUCGUCGAGUCAGAUACACUUUCCUCGCGUGCCAACGACCCAUCCCAGGACGGCCCUUGCGCGCCUGGCACAUACGCCUGUUUGCUGAGUCCUUCCACGGGUACUGCCUGGAUCGUGGUCUGCGGCUGGAACGGUAAAUGGCAGUACUCAUCCAAUUGUGGUGACAUGAAGUGCCUCGCAGACGCUACUGGUGUCGCCCAUUGCUGGAACCCAGGAAAGGAGUGGGACUCGAAUCCCUUCUCAGUCCCUCGUCGAGAACUGCAAGAUGCGGUAACGUCGGCCUUGGAUGGAGUUUGUCAAGCUGGCCUUUUCGCUUGCUCCUACGACCCUGCUACGAACACAGCCUGGAUCAUUGUUUGCGACGCGAACCAGACUUGGCAAUACCUUCGCAGCUGUGGACAGAACCAGAAGUGCAACGUUGUACCCCCUGGCAGUGGUAAUGUCCUUUGUACUCCACUGGAGGCGGUUCGAAGCCUUGAUCUUGUAACCCGUCAAGACCCUACCACCUGUACUCAUCCAGGUGAAGUCGCCUGCAACGACCACACUGUGGUUCGCUGCGACAACGGGCAUUGGACUGAGAUCGAGAAUUGCGGGCCUGAUCCAGUCUGCGCAAUCGAUGAGGGUCGAAUACCACGUUGUAUUCCUCCCAUGGGCAUCGCCGCCUCGACCCUAGCUACCGUGGUUGUUGGAGCUGCGGCUUCAGCAAAAGCUUGA